AUGAGUGUUUAUCAGUAUGGCAAGUUUCUCUUGUUCGGCGACUCCAUCACGCAGUACUCGUCCAGACAGAGAAUAGAGCCCGACACUGGCCAGCUCCAGUUCUCCAUUGCUGCUGCCCUGACCAACGACUACCAACGGAAGCUACAGAUCAUCACCAGGGGCUUUGAUGGCUACAAUUCCGAGCAGGCCCUGCAUAUCCUGCCUGAAAUUUUGAGGUACGAGCACGACACGAAACCUGCUGAGGAGCAGAUCAAGCUAGCGUGGAUAUUCUUCGGCACCAACGACUCGAGCGUCGGAGGCGACUAUAUUCAGCACGUGCCGAUCGGCCGCUAUGCAGAAAAUAUGGGGAAUUUGAUCGUAAUGCUCCAGUCGCGCGGGAUAAAAGUUAUAGCUGUUAAGCCGGGAACACACGACGAAACACUGGCUGACGAAGCAAAGAAGCGAGGGAGGGCCAAGAGAAGCAACGAGCUGCAGAAACAGUACGGAGACGUUUUGGGAGAGGUCUGUGGCAGACUGGAGGUUCCUACCGUGGACCUGUACGACGUUUUCGUCAGCUCUGGACUCUCAAGCGCCGAUCUUUUAAGUGACGGGAUCCAUUUCACUGGAACCGGAUACCAGCUGAUGUACAAUGAGCUGAUGAGCGUCAUUUCUGCAAAUUAUCCCGACCUCCAUCCUGACAACAUCCCGCUCAAGUUGCCGCCAUGGAGAGAAGCUACGCUCGAUAAGUUAAAGGCAUAUAGAUCCAACUAG